GCACCAUGUGAUACCAAUAUGAAAGGCAGAAGAAGAGCAACAUAGCAGUAGCAGGCUAACGUGGCUUCAUCUUCACAAGUGUCAGUUUUACUGACAUAUACACAUAUGUAUUUAUAUACAUAUAGAGAUUAUCCAGACCUUGAAACGCUCAAUAUUUUCGGAUGGUGUUUAAAUGUCCAAAUCCAAGAUGGAUGCUAACAAGAUGAAGCUUCGUUAGAACAACAGUUAUCACUUGUUGGUCUCUUGUUUUAAGUAACAUGCAGCCGUGAUGGCAUCAGAGGAAGAAAUCAAUCUGCUGGUCAUCGUUGUGGAUGUGAAUCCGAUAUGGUGGGGGCAGCAGGCUCAGCGCGCGACGGAGCUCACCUUGUCCAAGUGUCUGGAUGCAGUCAUGGUGUUGGGCAACUCCCACAUGGCCAUGUCCAGGACGAACAAGCUGUCUGUCAUCGCCAGCCACUUUGAAGACAGUCACUUCCUGUAUCCCGGUAAGAGCUGGAGAAUGGGGGACAGCUGUGGGGAUGAUGCAUCCUCCAGUGGGGAUGGAAAAUAUGAACUUCUAGCAGUUGCCAAUAACCUUAUUGCUGAAGAGAUCAGGAAGGUUAUGUCAAAAACUGAAGUGAGGGGAAAUUCAACUGAUACCUUGUUGGCUGGAACCCUUGCCAAAGCUCUCUGCUAUAUUAACAGGGUCUCAAAAGAAUUUGAAGUUGGACAGGAGAUCAAAUCAAGAAUAUUGGUUAUAAAAGCAGCCGAGGACUGUGCCCGCCAGUACAUGAACUUCAUGAAUGUCAUUUUUGCUGCCCAAAAGCAGAACAUCCUGAUUGAUGCCUGUGUGUUGGACUCAGACUCGGGUCUCCUUCAGCAGGCUUGUGAUAUAACUGGAGGAUUGUACCUCAAGAUUCCACAGAAAGUUGCCCUGGCACAAUACCUGUUGUGGGUGUUCCUGCCUGACUCUGAGCAGCGCUCCCAGCUGGUGCUGCCACCGCCUGCACACGUGGACUACAGAGCGGCAUGUUUCUGCCACCGUAACCUCAUUGAGAUUGGUUAUGUGUGCUCAGUUUGUCUGUCAAUAUUCUGCAACUUCAGCCCCAUCUGCACAACGUGCGAGACUGCCUUCAAAAUCCAACUCCCACAGAUGGUCAAGCCCAAAAAGAAGAAACUCAAGCAACCUACAUGAUUUCUCUUAAGAUUACACUAAUGUAGUGGAUUUAGUUAGUUUACUUUUUUUGAUGAGCAGAUUAUACCACUGAGUAUAUGUUUGUAACAAACUUCAAUGACAUCCUGGAAAUGCCUUUUGAGGUAGUUGUUGACCGUCUUUACACAAAGAGGCUAAUUGCUUUUGUCAAAUAUUUCUUCUAUAUAGAAACAAGCUGUUUUCCGGAGUUUGGUCAAUAGGUAUACAUGCAGAUAUAUAACGUAUGCAACAUGCACUCAAACAUUUAGUUGGGUUAGCAUCUUCUCAUGUUCAUAUUGAUAGAAACAAUUAGCACACAUUUCUGAUGUUUAGAAAAGAUAAUUCGCUCAGCCUAAUGUAAAUGGAGUUAUUGCUUUUUAUGGCAUUUUUGUGUAAUUUUUAUAUAAUUAAAAUAAAACAUGUUCUUAGAAAUGUUUGUCACACA